UAUAAAUAAAACCAAGCGGGCAUAGGGGAAACAAUGGAAUCUCGAGCCCUGCCGCCAAAACAGACAACGAGAAGGUGGUUCGCGUUUUUCUGGAUACUUACAUCUCAGUGGAUCGAGUGCGUUUUAAUGAAGCAAUAGAGAAGCGGUAUGUGCUCGUGCCAGGGGAUGUGAAUUAUUGUGGUUGGUCAGAUUUCAUUUUUUUUCUCGGAGGAUUAACUAAAUCAAGGUUAUAUCGAGGAAAGGAUAUAACUUCUAGAGGCCACUACGGAACGUAUCAGAGGAUCGCCGCUGUCUCAGAAGCGGUUCCGUCCGUAGCGUCCUUAGAACCAAUAAGAACCGAAUUGAACGUCGGGACGGAUUUACAAGUUCUAAUAGCUGGUUCGCCCCCCACAGCGCCUAGCCCGAAUACAACAAAGGCAGUUCAAAGAUUCCUCGCUAAGGCUAAGGAAAUGAAACGUAAUUCUGUAACUGGCAGCAGCGAGCUAAAAUAAAUUAAAAUAUUUAUAUCACACACGCACUACCGUAUGGAAUUAGACCAUGCGGCCGAAUCUACCUCAAAGUUGUCUGCCGCUUCUCGUUCUCGUCGCCGUCGUCGCCCAGGACUCCUUGCUCGACGGUGUGAUUAAACUACUUCAAGACGGGGAGAAUCAGUUCUCCACCGAACCCAGAGACGUACUCGCAUUGGAGAUGCAGAAGGAGUACGACUUCAUAGUGGUGGGAGCGGGUACCGCCGGUUGCGUCCUCGCCAACAGGCUCACGGAAAACCCAGACUGGUCGGUACUGCUCAUCGAAGCCGGUCGGUCCGAGAAUUUCCUGAUGGAUAUACCCAUCCUAGCCAACUACCUGCAGUUCACGGAAUCCAACUGGCGGUACAAGACCGAACCCAGCAACAGGUUCUGCAUGGGCAUGGACAACACACAGUGCAACUGGCCGAGGGGCAAGGUGGUGGGCGGCUCCAGCGUCCUGAACUACAUGAUCUACACCAGGGGCAACCGCAGGGACUACGACAACUGGGCACGCCUCGGGAACGACGGAUGGUCCUUUAAUGAUGUCCUGCCGUAUUUCAAGAAGGUGGAGAACUUCAGCGUGCCCGAGUACCAAAACGGCGACUACCACGGUAAAGACGGAUAUCUGUCGGUGUCGUAUGCCCCGUAUAAAACCAAAAUAGCAGAUGCCAUAAUCGAAUCUAGUCAACAGUACGGGAUAAACAUGGUGGACUACAAUGGGCCAACACAGAUCGGCGUGUCCAGACUACAAGUGAGCCUGCGUGACGGAGUCCGAGAUAGCUCCAGCAGGGCUUACCUGCACCCUAUAUACCGCAGGCCCAACCUCCACAUGAAGAAGCACUCCCUGGUGCAGAGAAUCCUCAUAGAUCCCAAAACGAUGCGAGCCGUGGGAGUGCGAUUCGUCCGCUUCGGGAGAACCUACACGGUAUAUGCCAAGAAGGAAGUCAUCGUAAGCGGCGGCGCUAUAAACUCGCCCCAACUGCUCAUGCUGAGCGGAAUAGGCCCCACGAAGCACCUCAAGUCGUUGGGCAUCCCCGUCAUAAGAAACCUAAAGGUCGGGUACAACCUGAUGGACCACAUAGCGAUGGGCGGGCUCACCUUCCUCAUAGACAAACCCUAUUCCAUCCGCACGGACAAAGUCAUCACCAGGGAGAACCUGGACUCGUACCUGAACCACCACGCUGGGCCGAUGUCGGUGCCUGGGGGUUGCGAGGUGUUGGUCUUCCACGAUUUCAGCAACCCCAACGACCCCGACGGGUACCCCGAUAUGGAACUGUUAUAUCAAGCGGGCUCCAUCGUGUCCGACCCCCUGCUCAGGAAGAACUUCGGCAUCACCGACGAACUAUACGACCAGGUCUACAAGCCGAUCGAAAAGGCCGAGACUUUCAUGGUCUUCCCCAUGCUGCUGCGUCCGAAGAGCAAGGGGAGGAUCAUGCUGAGGGACGGCAACUACAAGACCAAGCCCAAAAUAUUCCCCAACUACUUCGCAGACCAGGCGGACCUGGACACUAUUGUCAAGGGCGUGCGGCUGGCGCUUAACAUAUCCGCGCAACCUGCCCUGAAGGAUUUAAGAAGCAGCCUGCACACCAAGCCCAUACCCCAGUGCGAGAAGUUUGGUUUCGGGACGGACGAGUACUUCGCGUGCAUGACGAGGCACUUUACCUUCACCAUCUACCACCACAGCGGCACCUGCAAGAUGGGGCCUCCCAGUGACAAGUCGGCGGUGGUGGACCCCAGGCUGAGGGUGUACGGGGUGAAGAAUCUGAGAGUGGUCGACGCGUCUAUUAUACCCGAGAUACCGGCAGCGCACACCAACGCCCCCGUGUUCAUGAUAGCGGAAAAGGGGGCGGAUAUGAUAAAGGAAGACUGGGGUUAUAGGACUUAGAGUCGAGACAACUUACUAACCUGUGAUAGAAAACGUACCUACGCGGUGGGUGUAUCCGAUUGCGAAUAUUUUAGAGGUUUUGAUUUUGUUUAAAUAAAGGAGCAAUUUUGAGCGUAAAUAGAAUACGAGUAGUAUACAAUUACUUUUCGAAAUAAUGAACAAAGAUACGUUGCGCCCACGGACAAUACCUUUAAAAUGUUCUAAAAUGAAUAUUAACACCGCAUUUCUUCAAAAUUGUAAAUACGCUUUUACUUUAGUUUUACACACUUCACUUGUUAAUGUAUUUGUACAAAUGGACAUUUAAAUAAAUGAAAUAACUAUUA